GUAAUAUAUUAGAAGUUGACUCGUUUCUACGGAAGUAGCUCACUAAUGAGCCGGAUCAGUUUCGUCUUAUAUUCAGAAAGUCCAGUCCCUUCCGCAGGAAAUAAGUUUCUUCACCGUUGCCAACGUAUAAUACAAUUCUUAUCGAUCAUAGUUUUCUCUCCUCCCAGUCCACACGGACCAGGUGUGUAGGGCCUGGCAUUUUGAAUAAAUAGACUUUUGCUUACAACUGCGCAAAAUCUCACCUGGGCAUAAAGAUGAGCGUCUGUAUAAGUUGGGCCAUAUUUCCAAAACAAGGACUCACAAGUUGAUUCCCACGCAAAGAAGAGGAGCUCUACGACAAACAACAUAUGCAGGAUGAACAACAGCAGCCUGGAAACUCUUCAACAUGACAUUGUCCUGGACCAAUACGGCCAGGUGUACAACCCCAUCGACAUCCGAGACGACAUUUUAAUCACUUUGAAAUUCGUUUGUUGCAUCAUCGGCAUACCUUUGAACGUGUCCAUCGCCGUCACCAUCAUCCGCCACCGCCGUUUGCACAUGAAGCCCAGGAACAUUUUCCUCCUGGGCAUCAUUUUCUCUUACCUGUCAUUUUUCAUCACGCCCAUUAUCGAAUUGAUUUACUGGGGAUUGCUUCCGCUCGAGUCCCUGUGUCUGGCCUACGUUGCCGUCAUUCCUCUGCCUCAUUUCCUGCUGCUCUGGAACAUGUUGCUGGCCCUGGCCGACCGAUUCGUGGCCAUCAAGUACCCGCUGCUCCACCGGGAGAAGAUGACCGUCUGUUUGGCCUCUUGCGUCGUUUGUUUCAGUUCAAUUUUACUGGCGUUUCUACUCAAAUUCGUCUACAUCUUCCGAUUGGUUCCGCUCCGUUGCGUCAUGUGGCUGGUCCGCGUUAAAAUCCUACUGGCCAUCCUGGCCGUCCUGUUCGUCUCCUGCACGGCGUUGAAUUUCGUCGUCUACCGGAAGACCAAGGUUCUACUCCGCCAGUGCCGGACCCUCCAUCCGCCCGAAGAUCAUUCGUUGAGCCGAAACAAUUUCGAAUCGAUCGAAUUGGCGCCAAUCGAAAACGAUUGGAGGUGCGUGAGGGCGUCGACCAGCAGCGUGACCAACAAUGAAAAUUCCUCGACUGUCAUCAGGCCCAUGUCCAUUCACGUCGACAGGCGCAAAUUGAGUCAAAUCGAAAUGGAGACGACGCUGACGUUGAUUUUCGGCGUCACUUCGCUGGUCGUCAUCGUCUGCCCUUACGUCAUCUUCAUUUGCCUAUUUUCAAUGUGUCGGCUCAUCAGCCAAUCCGAGUGCAGCAAUUUCAACUGGUUGUCGCCCUACUUGAUUGAAAUGGGCUUAAUUAACGCCGUCUAUAGCCCAUUGAUAUUUCUCAUGCGCAACGGGGAAUUGUUGAAGGCGUUAUUGACGUGUCGAAUGUGUGCCCGGAAGUGAUUGAUGUUACGUAAUACGUCCGUGUUUGUAUUUCUGUGAAUUAUUCGACUCUUUAUUCAUGUGUUAUUAUUUUAUUAAUGUUUUAAUGGAUUUGUAUUAUUUAUAAGUAAAUGAUAUUGUUUCAAAAUAUACGAAACUAUAUACCCGCCAG